UGCUCAUGAGAAGGCCCGGAUUUGUCUAACACGCUCAUCACCACAAACCACAAUGCAGCGGGACAGUUGACUCUAACAUCCUCUAUUCUACCUGCUGUCUGUCUGUGUGUUAGUGUGCUGUAGCUGCCACAGCAAUCGACUUGGAUUUCCUUCUCUGAAAAUGCUGGAGAGCUCUGUUUCCAAAUGUGAAAAGACUCCAUGGCUCAGGGCUCGACGAUGGUUGGGUUUUUUCAUGCUGAUCAUAAUAGGAACUUCAAUAUUAAUAAUCUGCAAUUCGAACAUGCAAGUGUCAUGGUCUUUGAACGUUUGGACAAUAAGGUCUCAUAGCAAUAUGACCACUUCAGUCAGCAAUAUCUCAGCAGCCAACCCCUCAUCAUCAAAAUACUUUGUGGCAUACCCGCACCAGUACCAUUUUAUAUUGGAUGAACCCAACAGAUGUCGGCAGGAAAGCCCAUUCUUGGUUCUUAUGAUCCCAGUCUCACCCCACAACAGAGAGGCUCGUGAUACAAUCCGCAACACAUGGGGCAAAGAAGUCUCAGUGCUGGGCCGUGCAGUCAGCCACUAUUUCCUGUUGGGAAUGUCCAAAGAGGAAGACGAGACAGAGCUCCUUAAAGAGCAAGUGUUACAGGAAAGCCAAAGACAUCAUGAUAUUCUCCGGAGUAACUUCGUGGACAGCUACAAUAACCUCACCAUUAAAACCAUGGUCAUCUUUGAAUGGCUUGACUCCCAUUGCCCCAACACCUCCUAUGCCAUGAAGAUUGACUCAGAUAUGUUCCUUAAUGUCCACAAACUUGUUGACAUGCUAUCGACAGCCCGCCAGAAUCUUUACAUGACAGGAUUGGUGGCAAGGCAUGCUGCUGUUCUUCGAGACUAUAAUUCAAAGUGGUUUCUGCCUGUCUCAGCCUUUUCUGAGUCUACAUACCCACCAUAUGCAAUGGGGCUAGGCUAUGUGUUCUCACUGGAUUUAGCCAAGAAGAUACUGGAGGCAUCUAAACAUGUUAAAGCUAUUUACAUUGAGGAUGUGUAUGUGGGAUUGUGUAUGCAAUAUUUGGGAAUCGCACAUACAGAUCCUCCUCAUGGUGGUUUGUUUAGGGCAACAAUCCCUGGUUCAACAACAAACUGUUACUGGACCUCUGUCAUUACAACAAUAUUGCAGAGCUCUAACCAGCUUUCAGAGGUUUGGAAAUCAUAUCAGACUCAAGUACAAAGUGGCUGCUAAUAUGUCACUCUGUUGACAUGACCGCCUUGAUGACCCAUUUUUUUUUUUUACUUUUGAAGUAUGAUUUUGACGUUCUGACACAGAUAAGAAUUUUGUAACUGAGUAAAUGUGAUAUAAAAUAAUAUUUUAGGUGUUUGUCAAGAUUUCACAGAUGAUUGUGAAGAUGCAAAUCAUUUAAAGUCUUUCAGGUACAGAGCAAUUUUUAAAACUUGUAUCCGUGCAGUUUGCGUGUCUAGUACAUGUUGAAUGUGACAAACGUAAACUGCAAUAACAGCAAGUAAGCAAGCCUAGUAUUAACUGCUCUGUAAAAUGAUGGACUUUUCUGCACUUUGUGGCCUUACAUGUGAAACAUUUACUUUAGUAUUCUAUUUAUAAAGUCAAUCCAAUUGCAGAUUGAAGAUUAUGAUGAUUUCUAUGCAGAUAUAUAAGCACAAACUGAUGUUCACCACAGAAACUUACAAGAGGAAGUGGCCAGACAUACACUACUGCUACACAGACAAGUGCAGCUUAUUGGACUGACAGUUCCCACGGUGCACUGCAAACAGUUGAAGGGACUAGACCCAGAUAUCAAUGGUGUAAUACAAGAAAAACAAAAAUACGUAUUUAUCCUCCUCUUCCCAAGUGCUGAGUUUUGGAGAUACUAUGUACUAUUUUCUUUGUGCAUCACCUCACAGAGGAAGGGUUGUAUCUAACCAUGGACAAUAGGCUAGCUGGCUAUCUCAGCUAACCAUGUUAGUUAAUAUUACAGCUUUGCCAGGGGGGACUACAUUAAUGUGAUAUCAUUGGUGGAUGUUUUUCUGUGAAAAAGAAAAUGGUUCCAACUAUUCAAGUGACAACAAAACAAUCUAGAUCUAUAAUCAGCCCGCCAGGUUAGAGGGAAAAUAUAUAUUUUUACCUCCGUUUAGGAGGUGUAUAUAUACUGUAUACACUGUAUGAUAAUAUAUAUACAUAUACAUACACACACACACACACACACACACACACACUACAUAAUGGAUUUCUACAAAACUUGCAUGGAAGAUGAACCCCAGAAAAAGCCCCAUUAACUUUCAAUGAAUUUUCAACAUUUUCCUUCAUUUCUCAGGGAAUAAUGCACAGAUAGGAAAGGAAGGAAGGAAAAACAAACAGGUGAAUUUAGUUGGCUGGUACCUAUGUGUGAAUACAAAAAGGGACUGUUGUUUUUGUUGCAACCAGAAUAUAAUUUCAAUAGAGAAUGUGCAAUCAUUUUCUCACACAUUAAAGUUUCAACUAAAACAUGUAUGUGUUCUCAGAAUCUCUUGCACCUUUCUCAACUGUGAGUGAAGAAGGAUCUGAUGAUAAAGUUAGGUUGAUCUUUACAUGUUAAGGGAAGUCACUGAAUCAGAGUGAAAAAUGUGCCACUUCUUUGAACCAACUGAUGAAUGUAGCUGUUAUCUCAGAUAACAUGUUCUUUAAUCUACAGUAUUUCUCUUCCCAAGGAAUAUAGCUAUACAGUGCAGUAACUAUAAUGCAAGGCAUUAUUUUUUAAGUAAUUAAGUAGGCUACUAUUGAGUUCUUUCACAUGUCAUUGUACUGUUGUCUUGUGUAUGCAAAGAUAUUUAUGCAAGUAGGCUUUGACAAAACUAAUUGGCAAUAUGAAAGUUUGAACCAUGUACUGAACAACUUUUCUUUUCUCCUGAGUAACAAAACCCAGGAAUCUUUCUGGAAGCCAUUCAUUUACAUUUAGUUUUUAGCUGCAGAAUGGUAGCUUAAUCUGCCUUCGAAAUCUCAAACGGUGCAAUGUUUGGUUCACAGAUAUCAGUCAGGCCUGCAGCCAAUAAAGGACUUUAAAGUAAAUCAAUCAACAAGCUUUCAAACUGUGAUGGAUGAAGAUACGUAUUUCAUUGUAUGCAGCUCACUUAACUUCACAAUGGUGAGACAACUGGUUAAUAAAUUAUUAUGAAA